AUGAUGUUUACAAAAGAAGAAGCUGUGAAAUUUUUUACGGAGAACUUGGACAUUUCUAAUGUUGAACAGAGGUUGAAAACUGACCGUAGAAGUUUACUUGAUGAAAUCGCUACAAAUAUUCAAACACAUUUGCCAUUCCAGAAUCUGAAACUUCUGUCAGAAGUUCCAGAAAAAAGACGCAGACCUUCCCUGGAUGAGAUCAAAGCUGACCUCUUGUCUGGCAUCGGCGGACUGUGUUUUAAUUUGAAUAUUGCAACAUAUUUUCUGUUGAAAGCUGCUGGUUUCAAAGCAACCAUUGUCCACGCUACCUGCACCUCGUCUGUUCUCUUCCCCAACAACCACGUUGUUGUAUAUGUCGAAGACGUUGAAAAAAAUGGGGAUAAGUUUCUUAUUGAAGUCGGCUUUGGCUUCCCAACAUUUAGGGCUAUUAGUCUUGACUUUGAACAUGAGUCACCUGCAUUCACCGACUCUUUCAUUGAAUAUAAAUACAUCAAACAUCAAGGCAGGAUUCUCCGCAUGCACAGGAAAGGAGAUCUUGUGAAAAGUCAGGAACCGAGUUCAGUGGAUGGUCUCAACUUUGUUAUCGAUGGCUGGAGACGAUUCUAUUCAGCUGAUCCUGAGGGUACCAACAAUGUAGAGGAGUUUUAUCCACCAUUUGAGAAGGUGUUCACCGAUGCUCAAGCAAGUCCCUUCCAUGCCACCUUCAGAGUUAUCUGUUUCCCUAACAGGAGAGCUAUCAUGGUGAUCAAUGGGAAAACACUGAUUGAGAACAACAGUGGAGAACUGGUUUCAGAAGUAAUUCCAGGUGGAGAUGAGGGCAUUAUACAAACAGUCAAAAAUCACUUCCCCCUCAUUCCAGAAGAUCUUGCCAGAAGAGCUCUAAAAAACUGGCGGCAAACUAUCCAACCAUAG